UACUUUUGUUUUGGCAGGAAUGAGUGAUGACCUCUGUGGUAGUGUCAGACGGAGGAGGGAACAUAGUGGAGUAUGUCACCGUGGUGGAGGAGCACCAGGAGUGUGAGCAGCAGCCCACUGAGGAGGAAGAGGAAGAAGAGUUGGUUGAGCAGGAGAUCGAGGCAGUGAUCGUGCAGGGCGGAGAGGAAGAUGUGGACGAUGAAGACAGCGUGGUGCUGCAGGAAGAGGGCUGCCCGGCCGUGAUCGUGGAGGAGGUGCCCAGUGCCCAGGUGGAGGAGUGCUACUCGGCACAGGUGCUGGUGUACGACGACGGGACGUACCUGAUGCAGGACGUGGCCGAGGAGCAGGAGGUGGUGACGGAGGUGUCUGAGACCGGUAAGGUUCACUUCUCUCAAUGUUAG